AUGUGUAAGUGUGCAAUCAUUCUCACUCGACUGGUGUGCGCCAAAUGCAACCAUGCUAACGAACAGACCCCUCAGCGCGAGGUGGCUAUCGACAAAUCCUGCAAGGUCCAUCACGACAUGAGAUUACCCACUACCAAAGAGCAUCGGACAAAGUAUGUCGAAGACCGAGACUGUAAGAGGUGUCGCGACCGGGCCCAGGCAACCACUCGUAUGAAAUCGGCCAUGGCAUCGGGCGGACCGAGGGCAUAUGAACAAUAUGUUCAGAUGCCGGUGCGAUCUCACACCAACGGAUUUUAUGGACCACCCCCAGGUUACCAACAAUCCCGCCGCGGCGCCGUUUCGGGUCCUUCGGGUGCAGAUGCUCCACGAUCUCAGAGACCUGAUAUUGCCAGAACUGGACGAUCUCAGGCGGUCUCGGGUUCAAGACAUGCGACAGCAGUUCCACCAUCUCGUCGACUUGAAGUUGCCAGA